CUGCCCAGAGUUUAGUUGGUUUUCAGACUGAAAACAAGAUGCUGUUGCUUUGGAUUGGUCUGCUGGGAGUUUGGAGUGUUCAAGGAGCCCAGGUCUAUAUGCAGUUCAAUGGACAGGGAUACUCCUACGAUACGGAUAGAAGUGAUGUAGCCCCUAGUUAUGGGGCAUUAUCCCUGGACUCCUUUGGCCCCCUUCAAUUUGUGCAGCAGGCUCUGAGAACUAGGACUCAUCCUCUUUCCAGGAUUUCUUAUAAUACACAGGCAACCUCCUCGCUGACUGGAGGUUACCAAACAGGAAUACCCAACCAUCUGAAACCCCAGCAGACCCGACAAAACUUUGAUUUCAGCACCCACCAGAUGUCCCACGCCCAGCACACCGAUGAGUCGGGAAAUGUCUUGGGCAGGUACUCCUACUACGAUGAGGCCGGCUACCAUGAGCUGAGCUACAAGGCGGGUGCCGGCAUCGGAUUUGUGGUCAUGGGUGGCAAUUUGGCCAAGGCCACCACCGCCGAACCCCACUCGGAAAUCGAAAUCGGAAACGGAAUCCAAACAAAUGCCUUGACAGGCUUUGAAGAGUUGCAUAAUUAUCGUGGCUACACGUAAAUAAACAAAUUUGCUGAACUCAA